AUGCAGAGCAAGCAUCGCGAAACAUCUACAACCAACGCGCACAGCCAACAGUCUGCAGUACAGGCAGCAUCUGUGCAGGCUCGCCAGAGACAAAGAAUUGCCCAGUUGGAGGAGAAGCUAGAGGCUCUCGAGUUGGGGCGUGUGGUCAAAGAAAAGCAAGCAAACUAUUAUGCGGCUCAGGGAAGGGCAAUCAAGUGCAUUGUUGCUCUAUUCGAUAACAUUGAGGACCUCGUUGCUGAAAUCGAUCGAAGAUAUGAAGGUGGCAAUGAAGACCAUACUAUUGACCAAGAUCAGCUACAAAUAGGGUAUGUCACCCUCUCAACCACCUUACCAUGGCUUUACAGGAAUGGGUCAGAGAUGGAGCACAAUGAAUACACGCAGAUGUUGAAAAUGCUUUGGCAGGGGGCUGACAGUGCUCGAGGUGACAAUACCUCGAAGCUCAAGGCUCUUGUUUCUGAAUGGGUCAAUCGGGAAUUCAAGCCAGAUUCACCAGUCGACUCCAAUGACAAACAUACCUGUGGAUUCUCCAAUGAUGCAUGCGGCAGGCUGCUUUGCCCUGCCAAACUAGAUUGGAACAACCCAGUGGUCCGGGCAGGCAUUCGAGAUUGCUCAGAGGGCUAUAUUGUGAUGGAUCUCUCCUUUCCGGCCUACCUGUAUGAUGGGUAUACUGCCAAUCCGGAUGAUCUUGAGGAGGGUUUGUUCAAAGGCAAAAUACUCAUUCAGGGAUAUAAAGCCGUGUUCACGUCACCUUCCUCAGCAAAGGACGUUGAAGGUGAUGGGGAUGGAGCAGAUAUCAUCCAGAACAACAGACGCGCCAGGAAGUCUUUCAACGGAGCUAAGGUCAAAAAACACAUAGUGCAGAUCAUCAAUAUGAAAAAGGUCACUCCUCGCUCAAUCGCAUACAUCAUGUGCCUAGCCCCCUGGUCGAGAUGCACAGUGCAGGGUCAACAAGCUUCUCAAGUGGUGGAGAAGGUUUUUGGACGGAGCCACCGUAACGACAUCAGUGAUGUGGCAAAGGCCAGAAUGUCUGUCAAUGCCCUCGCAAUGCAGAGGGCACAAUGCGAUGAUGCGGCCUUUGACUCGGCCUAG